GGAUUGGCAUUGUACUCUAACCUUGAAGUAAUUUAGAACAGUCGCGAGAAUAACAUAAGUAAUGGCGUAAUUUCUGUAUAGCAGAAUCACUGAAGCAACAUCAUAUUUGACUCUACUGAAAACACCUUCUACAUACCAUGGACCCUAUUCACAAGGCUAAACUCAAACGAAACUAUGUACAAAUUGUUAAUGAUCUCGAUCCUAAAGAUGUUGUGGACGAUUUAUACCAGGAUGGAAUACUAACAGACAAUGAUUGUGAACGUGUGACAAAUUCAAACAAAACACGAAAGGAGAGAUGUGAGAACUUGAUUUCUGUUCUGACGAAGAGAGGUCCUCUUGCCUUUGAGUCAUUCCUUGGUGCUAUUCGGUGCUCGAAGUAUAGUCAUAUUGCAGACCUUAUCAUUCCAGACGUAACAGCAACUGACUCUGUUCCUUGUGGAAAAAAUGGUGAAAACACAUCUAAUUCAAAUGACGCAUGUGAAGAGUGUUCACCUUAUUUUCCUGUCAGCUUUCUGAAUCCAGAUAUUGAAGAUAUCUUGAAGCGACAUUGCUGUCUCAUUUUACAAAAUGUUGAACCAAAAGACCUUUUACCUUAUAGUUACCAAGAGGACAUAUUCAGUGAAGACGAAUGCGACCGAAUAAAGACAGGAGAAACUCGAAAAGACAGAUGUGCUUUAUAUCUAAAGGAAUUGUCCAAAAGUAGAAAAGACAAGCUUAUUAUAUUGCUGAAAGCGUCUUUGCAAAAGAAAUAUCAAUAUAUUGUUGAAAGGAUUCAACAACCAUUUGUUAGUGCGAAAUCAUGUACCGAAACAGAUUCAGUGCCUAUCAGUAUAACGCCACGCUGUAGGAUAAAUGAGUCGUCUAUAGAAAGGUCAACUGUACUAAACCAAACAGACCCUUGUACACGAUACAAAAAAUACUACGUUAACACUGAUUCAUCUACAUCACAAUUGAAACAGAGAGAAGAUUAUUUCUCUCAAACACUUAAGUUGGAAGAGGACCGUGAUGUAAAUUGUACAAAGCAAAAACACACCAAACUUGUGAAUUGUACAAACGCAUAUGAAGUAAAAAUUGACAACUGUCCAUCCACAAAGAGGACAAGGCGUGAUAUUACUCCAGAGGAAGGCCAACUUGUGACUGUCUCUGGUACAACGGAAAUUGUUCCAUUUCUGAUGUCACCAGGGGCAUCAAAACCAGAUACUCUUCCAAAUAAACGUUUAGAUGUUGCUUUUAACACAUUGGUUUCUAUGAUGAACAGAGGGUUAUUUGACCAGUUUAACGGGUUGACAACUCGACUUCGCCGUCGAUAUAGAACAGACUUCGAUAUGAAAUGUGUUUUAGGAUAUUUGCAAGCCAAUUUGGAGCUGCAUAAAUCAAACUUUGACGGUGCAAAAAAGCAUAUCGAGUCAGCCCUUACGAUCUGUGGUAAAACAACUAAUACACGAUACUUUACGCUCGAGCUCCUAGGUACAAAGGCACGAAUGCUUCUGUAUCAAAAGAAGUUUGAAACCCUGCAAGAUGUUGUGGAUGCUGCAAAAAUGAUAAUAGAGACAGAUGUAGUUGCGUCUAGUGGACGGGCUGCCGGCUGGCUUCACGUACAGGAAGGGCGCUUGAUGGCAGCUCAGAUUGAUCUACUCAAUCCAACGCGAGUAAAUUUUAUCGGAGCUCAUGGCUAUCUGCAUGACAGAGCAAAGGCCAGUUUUGAAAAAGCGCUUGCCAAUUUUCAAGAAGACAAAAGUGAAUAUGGGCCUGUUGGAUUUGUGUAUACAAUGUGUCGCCUCAUCAUCUUACUUCUACAAUGUGGAGAGAAUGGUCUUACCAUGGACAUUUUACAGCCAGAUCCAACCGUUGUAGACAUGGCUGGUAAGUACUUGCUUCAUGUUUCCGGGACUGAUGUAACAUCCAGGAGAGUUUUGAGUAUGCACUACCACAUUGCAAACUGUGACUAUCAUUUCCGGGUUGGAAAUAUAAAUAAGGCGUUUGAAUGUGCUGAAACUGCGCACGAUUUGGCUACUCUACUCGACAUGAAUGAAUUUAUGGUGCAUGCACACAACAGGCUUGUUUUUCUCAGAGUAAAGGUACCACCAUCUGGUGGAGAAAUCAACGAAGCGGAUCUUUCUGAAAUACUGUUUGGGAGUGAUUCAUGUCCGGACACAUCAAAUAUUGACGACGAGACCUCUGGCUUAGACGUAACCUAAGAAUGUUUUUGUCGUCUUAAAAUGUCAAAAACAGUAAGGUUCGAAUGAACGUUGGUAAUUCAAAUCAGAAUCAAGGAAAACAUUAUUAAAUAAUCAGAAAUACAAUGGCA